UUCAACGGCAAGCGAGUUGUUUACAAAUUACGUUCAUCCUCGCCUAUGUAUAUAGGUGAAAUCGACGUACAGUCUUGGCUGCUCGAGACGCGUAACCUUAAAUAUUUUCCAAGUGUGUACCGUGGAUAGUUAAAGUGUGAAUACAUAUAAUCAAGGAAACGAUGGAAAGUAGCAGUGGCGUAUUUAGGGUAAAGGAAGAGCCGAGCGAGACUAGGACGAGCACAGGUGACAAUUAUGUUCUCGAUUUGGUGAAUUCUUGUAAAGUUGAAAACUUGGAAACACCAACGCUUCAUGAAUUAUCGGCAAAACACAAGAACGUAGCUGUGGAAUUACAAGAGAGGUUAGAUGAGAACAUAAUCAUAGAUAUUGAGUACAAAGAUGUUAAAUCUGAACUGAAGCCUAAAUUGACAAUUUGCAAAACUGAAUAUCAAAGUAGUGAAGCGCUAGUGAAAAAGGAAAAUCAAAUUCAAACCAGUUACUUCGGUGAAAAAAAUCUCAUAAUUUUGAUAAAAAAAGACUACAAUUAUCACAAUGAUUGUCAAUUUCAAGUCCAUUAUCGAUCGAAAAAUGAUGAAUACACGGUGAAAAGAUUUAAACAAAUUACUUUAACCAAAUCAUCUUAUGUUGGCAAAAUGCAUCUAAAAAAACUUGAAGAAAAAGCUAAUCAAAAUUCACGUAAUAGUAGGACACACAAAAGCAUAAGAUCACAUGAAUGUAAUAUUUGUCACAAAUCUUUCAAUUACCAUUGCCACCUCAAAAGGCACGUCAACAUAGUGCACAUUCGCAGCAAACCCUUCGAGUGUGAUAUUUGUCACAAAUCAUUUGGACAAAAAUAUCAUCUUAAUACUCAUAGAAAUGUAGUACACGUUCGUAGCAAACCGUUUGAAUGUGAGAUUUGUCAAAAAUCUUUUGGACAAAGGGAUAAUCUUAAAUCUCAUAUAAAUUCAGUGCAUGAACGUAAAAAACCCUUUGAAUGUGAAAUUUGUCACAAAUCAUUUGGAUACUCACAUAAUCUUAAAAGGCACAUAAAUGCAGUUCAUGUACCCAGAAAACCCUUCGAAUGUGAAAUUUGUCACAAAUCAUUUGCACAUAAAUAUUCUCUCAAAACUCACAUUGAUACACUACACAAUCAGAAUAAACCUUAUCAAUGUGAAAUUUGUCACAAAUCAUUCGGACAAACAGGUGACCUCAAUAAACACAGAAUUACAGUGCACGAUCUACAUUAUGGCAGCAAACCAUUCGAAUGUGAGAUUUGUCACAAAUUAUUUUCGGAUAAGGGUAAUUGCAAGAAACAUGUUAAUGCAGUACAUUUUGGUAUCAAACCCUUCCAAUGUGAAGUUUGUCACAAAUCAUUUCGACUAAAAUGUAACCUCAAUAAACAUAUAAAUGUAGUUCAUAAUCAGAUCAAACCAUUCGAGUGUGAUCACAUUUAUCAAAAAUCGUUUGGAUAUAAACAUCGCCCUUAA